AUGUUGCAAUCAACAGAUGCUAUUUUCAAUGAUCUUUUCGGAAGUUAUGCCGAGCAAGGCUUUCUCCCAGAUCGUCUUCCAUUGGCCAGACUCCCAAAUCCCUAUUACAAGACUUGGGAGGACAUAGCCAGCCAACUCCCCAGCCUCAUCCAAUCGAGCCAGAUCCGCGACAGAAUUGAUAAUAUGCCCGUCUGCACGACUGAACAUCUUCAAACAGAAGCAGAAUGGCGACGGGCUUGUGUCAUUAUGGGAUAUUUCACUCAUGCGUAUAUCUGGGGAGGAGAGAUCCCCAAAGACAGACUUCCCCCAUCAAUCUCAAAGCCCUUCCUUGAAAUAUCAGCACACCUCCAACUCCCUGCCUGCGCCACCUAUGCUGGCCUGACACUAUGGAACUUCCUACCUUCCAGCCCAGGAGCAGACAUCACAGACCCAGACAACCUCCAUGUUCAGACCUCCUUCACCGGCACAAAAGACGAGGAAUGGUUCAUGGUCAUCUCCGUCGCUGUUGAAGCCAAAGGCAUCAAACUCCUCGCCCUAAUGCGGGAUGCCUUUAAGGCAGUUGUUGCCAUCGACGUGGAAUUACUCACUGCACUCUUGUACAGAUUUGCUGACGGUUUAUCCGACCUCACAAUGACUCUGAAAAGAAUGUACGAGCACAACGAACCGGAUGUCUUCUACCACCAGCUUCGGCCGUUCCUGGCUGGUAGCAAGAAUAUGGGUCAUGCUGGUCUUCCCAAUGGUGUGUUUUAUGAUGUUGGUGACGAAGUGGAAAGACCAGAGAACUGGCUCCAGUUGAGUGGUGGGAGUAAUGCACAAAGCUCGCUCAUCCAGGCACUUGAUAUCUUCCUUGGCAUUAAACACUCUGCGACGGAUGGGAAGCAGUCUGGUGGUCCUAGUUUUAUUCAGCAAAUGCGAGACUACAUGCCUGGUCCGCAUAGACGCUUCCUCGAAGAACUGUCUGUUCGAUCUAAUGUUCGUCCAUUUGUACUGGACUCGUCGGUUCAAUCGCUCAAGGAUGCAUACAACGCAGCUGUGAAGGAGCUCAAGGGUUUCCGCGAUGCACACAUUCAGAUGGUCACUCGAUACAUUGUCAUGGCGUCGAGAAAGCCCAAUCCAGUUGAACAAGCGAAGGGCAGAAUUAAUCUAGCCACGGCUAGCUCUCAAACGGAGGAAACAGGUGCGAAGACUAAGCUUGCUGGUACCGGUGGCACGGACUUGAUCCCCUUCCUGAAAAAGACCAGAGAUACGGUUCAAGAUGCGAAGUGCUAA